AGCUGGUAUGAGCACGAGCGUGGGUUCACAAUACGGAAAGAAGUUGCAGAAAUUGACGAAGCAAUUCGAGAAAAAUUUGAUUGACGGAAAUGUGGAUUUGGAGACGGGGAUUGAUGAGAUCCUCAAUGAAAGACAAACUAGUACUAGUGGACGAAAUAAUGGAACUGCUACUGGCACUUCUGCUUUGAGUAAUCCCCGUCAAGAACUUCAGUCUCUGCGUGAAAAAGCC